CAGAAAAUAUCCCUGACAUUUGAAGAGCUCCAGGGAUUCAGUGAGCAUGCUCAGUGCUCUCUGCCUGAUAGAAAGAGGAAGCUAGUUUACAUACGACUCAUACCAAGCAUAGCCUGCAUGUCAGUGCAGUUAACUUGCAGCGGGCUGUGAGGAGAACUAGCUUAUCUUUGUUCUAGGACAUUUCCCUAUUUUUUUUUCCCCUCUUAAAUUCCCAAAAAGAUUUGCAAAGUUUUUUUUUGUUUUGUUUUGUUUUUUUUUAAACCGUUUUCUUUGUAGCUGGGGGACGCAACACACUCUAAACUCAGUCUCCAAAAUCCUGGAAAGGUUCCUCCCUCCCUAUCCAACUUUCCCUAAUAUACUUUAUUUUGAUUAGUUAAAGGCUGGGCCUUGAGCUUGUGAAGUUUAGAAAGAGCCAGGAGCUAAUCGGGCAGCGUUUGUCCCGCGUCUUUCUCCCUGUUCUGGGCAAAAGCAAACAAGCUGGUCUUUUUUGUUAGCCCGAUAAAUGCUAUUUAUGAAGAUGGACCUGUUGAACUACCAAUACUUGGACAAAAUGAACAACAAUAUUGGCAUGCUGUGCUAUGAAGGUGAAGCAGCUCUAAGAGGUGAGCCCAGAAUGCAGUCUCUUCCAGUAUCCUCUGCUCUAACCAACCAUCGAACAGGCCCUCCUCCCAUCAGCCCCAACAAGAGAAAGUUCAGCAUGGACCAAGGGGAUGAUGAGCUAGACUGUGAAAAUGAACAUGUCUCUAAAAUGAGUCGAAUGUUCAACCCGCACCUAAACAAGACUGCCAAUGGGGAUUAUCGAAAGGAGCACAGAGACAGGAGUCGCAGUCCAAUAGAACGGGCUGCUGCCCCAACAAUGAGCCUUCAUGCCAAUCACAUGUAUGCCUCAAUCCCAAGCUUGACCAUGGAUCAACCUCUAGCACUGACCAAAACCAGCAUGGAUGCAACGCGAACAGUCAGCAUCACGCCUGCGCUGACGUCUGUGGAACGGCAGCAGAACCGUCCAUCUGUAAUCACAUGUGCCUCUGCAAACACCCGUAACUGUAACCUCUCCCAUUGCCCCAUCGCCCACAGUAGCUGUGGUUCAGCCAUGCAAGCCAGUUACAGAAGACCAUCUAGCACUACCACUGCCUGUGAUCCAGUGGUGGAAGAGCACUUCCGCAGAAGCCUUGGCAAGAAUUACAAGGAGCCUGAGCCAGUGGCAAACUCUGUGUCCAUCACAGGAUCAGUUGAUGACCACUUUGCCAAAGCACUUGGAGAUACAUGGCUUCAAAUUAAAGCUGCAAAGGAUGGAGUGUCCAGCAGUCCUGAGUCUGCCUCAAGGCGGGGCCAAUCUUCCCCUUCUUCCCACAUGGUCAAUCAUAAUCAUUCGCCCUCUGUAGUCUCAUGAAGAGAGCGGAUCAUCACACUUCCGAAUUUGCAUGGUUUGACUGAGCUUUGAAUAGUGUUGGGGUGAGGAGAGAUUAGUUUUCAACACAUUUUUGUGUAUUGUUUGGUAUUUGUACAAGGGUGCCCUUAAAGAUGAUAGCAGGAACUAUUUGAUAAAGAUCUAUAUGAUGUAGCAUCCUUUUUUUCCUGCCUCAGUUACCAAAGAAACCUCUGAUGCAAGCAUCUGCUACACCUUUAAAAAAAAUGCAUGCUAAUCCACAAAAAAGCCAUUACACACACAGUUGGUUGACCCAAAUGCUUUUUGCUUCUAUUAGCUUCUUGACACUACGAUUUGCCUGGUUUGCUCCCCCCUCCCACCCCCCUCGCCCCACUCUGUGAAGUAAUUUUGUAUGUAUAUACUUGAAAAGAACUGUCAUGUAUGAUUUGCACUAUUGGAGGAGGACUAAAGUUGCAUGGCAACUUUAUGCAUGAUGCUAAUAUCCUGAAGGCAAACUGCUGAAAAAAAGGGUUUAAGUGACAUUUCUAUCUGUUUUUUUUUUUUUUAAACUGCUUUGGAAGGGGAAGUCUCAUACAGGUGAUAGGUCUUUCUUUAGAUUUCAGGUGCUUAGUGCUUGUAACUGGACUGCAUAACUUACAGACCACACGGGCAUUUAAUUUUUUCUAAACACUGCAGUUUGUUAGAAUAGAGCUGAGGAUGGAGAGUUCAAUAGUGCUUAAAGAUGCAUGUUAUGAAAAAUAGCUGGUAUCUAUUAAUGUAUAGACUGUAAUACUUAUUAGCUUUUCUUCAGAAUUAGUUUAUUUUUGUCAGUAACAGUCCUAGAUAUACUUACUGCUGGUACAGUUGUACUCUGAUUCACUUUAUUAGCAGCCAGCCAGAGAGGACAGCCUCAGGACAGGCCUCAUAAAUGAAGCAGUUUAGAAAUAUAUGAUGCGUGGUACAGGAUGCUAUAGCUUUGUGCAUGAGUGAAUAACCAUUUAUGUUUGCAUUACUGUCUGCUUAACAUGAAUUUGCUUCCUAAAACUAGAAGUCUGUGUAAUCCAACUUUAACUAGCUACAGAAACUGCUACCUUUAAAUAUCUUGGACAACAGAUUGUUACAGUUUGUGAAAUAUGAGCUUUAAUUUUUAAGCUUACUCAUAAACCUAGGCCAAGGCAGCAUACAUUCCUCCAGUAGAAAACUUUAUACAGGUAUUACUGCAUUUAUUAUAAUUUGCUAUAUUAAUAGCUACUAACUAGACAUUAGGUAAUAGAGGCAGGCAUAAAAACACAGCUGUGUUAGUAAUAAAGUGCUUCUCAUCUUUUUGUUAAAUGUAACUAUUCUCCCCCCCAAUACAUUCCAGCAUCCCAGUACAGUUACAAGUAGGGCUUUUUUUUGUUUGUUUAAAAUACUGGGUUACCUGAAGAGACUGGUUCUAUAUAGAAAGUUAUGAUUAGUUGGAAGAUGAACUACAUGUGAUGUAUUAUGGACUGUUACAGUAUUGGGUCCAUUGUGGCUUUUAUUUUAAUUUGUUUUUAUGUUAAGCUGUUUUAAUUUGAGAAAAUAUCAGAAGAUUGGCUCUUACUCAUGUUGAGAGGGUGGCUGCUCAAUUUUUUUAAAAACAAAAACCACAAAAACAAGCCCCCAGUUUCACACAUUUCAUUACCAUCUUACUGGGUAGUCAACGCUUACCUGCUUUGGCAUUCAGUACCCUACUCUCUGUAGGAAAAUUGUUAAAAGAACACUUUUUUAUAUAGGUAACUUUAAGACCAUCGUUACGCUGUGCGUAAAGAAUGUACAGAGAAAUUUGUAGGUAUUUUUUGAGGAACAAUUAAUUUGUUAAUGAUAUGUAGCUAUUUAAUUUUUCCCUUUCCUUUAUUGUAAUCAUUCAUUUUUUUGUUUGGAGAAAAAAGUUGAUCUUUUUUUGUUGUAGAUUUGUCUGUAAUACAUUAAAAAAGUGCAGGAACACAGUUAUUCUAUGAGAACACUGCAUUAGCAUUAAUAGCCACUAGUUUGUUAUUGCUACAGGCUACUGAGCAUUAUAACAGUAAAAUACUAAUACUGUAGAUGGACUCUGUGGAAAAUGUGACUCCUUCUACAUUUCUUUGUAAACACAAAUGUUUUUAAAGCUAAUAUUUUCAGUAAUAGCUGUUUUACAAGGUCACAUUUACUUAUCUGAGAUAGGUAAAUGGAUGUGGGGCAAUAAAGAUUUAAUGUGAUAUGUCCAGUAAAAACAAAUAUAUUCAACACAAUUAUGUCAUGAAAGCCAAAGGGUUGGGGGGAAAGUAAACUCACCAUAAUAACGCAUAGUGAAGUUUCUUCACAGAGCCAUGUUAUCUGCUACAGUUCAGUCUGAAAGAUUCUCUCCGUGUUUGUAAAUCUGUAAUAUACCAUUCUUUUGUGGCCUUGUUUCACCUGGGGAAAAGAAAAAAAGGUUUGGCAGGCCAUCUUUUUUUUUUUGUACUUAAAAAGUAGCCUUAAAGAACAAUAAAGUGCUCUUAAAUCA